AUCUGCAACCCCGUUCUGCUUUUUCCCCCGAAACCCUAGCGAUUAGCUUCACAGUCACUGCUACUCUCCUCCAUUUCCAGCUCCACCGCAUCAACAGCAAUGUCCGUCUUCGGCCGCCUCCGCUCCACCUCCAGCUCCCUCGCCCGCCGCCACUUCUCCUCAAUCCUGAACCCCAACACCAACACCCCUCUCUCUUCCAAGGAGAAGUCCCGCGUGGCCCUCUCCCUCCUCAAGUCGGAGAAGUCCCCCGACCGCAUCAUCGACAUCUGCCGCGCCGCCGCCCUCACCCCGGAGUCCCAGCUCGAUCGCAUAGCAUACUCCGUCGCCAUCUCCAAUCUCUCCAGGUCCAACCACUUCGAAGGGAUCCGCCAGUUCUUGGAGGAGUCCAAGGCCCGCCCCGACCUCCGGACCGAGCGCUUCUUCUCCCACGCCAUCGUCCUGUACGGGCAGGCCAAGAUGAUCGCCGACGGGAUCAACACUUUCAAGCAGAUUGAGGAGCUCGGCGUCCGUCCCACAGUGAAGUCCCUCAACGCUCUCCUGUUCGCCUGCAUCCUGGCGAAGGAUUUCAAGGAGCUGAAGAGGAUCUACAUCGACUUCCCGAAGGUUUACGGCAUCCAGCCCGACUUGGAGACGUACAAUCACGUGAUUAAGGCGUUCGCCGAGUCGAAAUCAACGAGCUCGGCCUACUCCAUCCUCGCCGAGAUGAAAAAUGCCGGGGUCAUGCCCAACGCCACUACUUUCCAUAACAUGCUCGCAGGUUUCUACGGGGAGGAGAAGUUCGAGGAUGUCGAGAAGGUGCUGAAGUUGAUGGAGGAAUACAAGGUCCCCCGGAGCCGCAGCACUUACAACGUCCGGAUUCAGAGCCUGUGCAAGCUCAAGAAGUCCGAUGAUGCGAAGGAGUUGCUCGAUAUGAUGUUGCUGCGCGGAAAACUCCCGAACUGCGUCACAUACAAGCAUUUGAUUCACGGGUUCUGCAAGGAAGGGAAGCUUGAGGAGGGAAAGAAGCUGUUCAAGGACAUGAAGAGGAGGGGUAUUGGCCCCGAUAGCGACUGCUACUUCACUUUGGUCUAUUAUCUGUGCGAAGGGAAGGAUUUCGAGGCUGCCCUGGGUAUCUGUAAGGAGAGCAUGGAGAAGGGCUGGUUCCCAAACUUAUCGACGAUGAAAUUGCUCGUCAAUGGGCUAGCAAGCAUUGACAAGGUUGAAGAGGCAAAGGAGAUCGUGAGGCAGGUGAAGGAGAAGUUCCCAAAAACUGCGGAUUUGUGGGAUGAAGUCGAAGCUUCUUUGCCUCAAUGAGGAUAGGAGGGGAGCUGGCUUAGAGUGGUUUUGACGUGCGAUUGCUAUGAAUUCAACAAUGCCUUGAUCAUCGAUGUCGCCUGAUUGCCAUCGAGCAAGAGAUUGUUUCUCCGGGAGAAGACAUGAUAGCAAAUGUUUUGGAGCUUUGGUUUAGUCAUUUCCUGGAGAGACAUUGUACAAAUUGUUCGGUAGCUGCUGGAGAUUAUCUUUGAUUAGAUUGAAAUGCCGAGCCCAUUUGACGGCGAGGAAUUAAUUGUCCAUCCCAGAAUGGAACGGAAUGGAAUGGAAAAGGAGGAACAUGGGCAGUCCCGGCGCUAUAUAAUCGAGUCUGUACGAUGUGGCGCUGCUUAAUGAGAAAAGGAAACCUAUGUUCUGUGCUUUCCAUGAUACAUUAGUUUGGUCGAUGGAUAAAGUGUGAAUGCUGGGUGACAAAAUAAAAUGGGAUGGGUGAUAUUGAUACAUGUCGGAAUUACAUUUUCGUACUUGGCUUAAGAUCCUUACUUAUUUCCUCCAUCAAUCUUCUCAUUACGAUCACUGAGUCCCUGUCCAUGUUUGACAGCUCUUUAGGUCAGUAUCUUAUGAGUGAUCUCUAUGGACAAAUGAUGAUCUUUCAGAUUUUAUA